UAGGAAUGUGAAACAUGGCGUCAGUUUUAAACUGACUCUGAUCGAGCUGGAGUGCUCGUCUGAAAAAGUUAAGGCCAUGUCUGCUGGAGAGUCCCGAGCAACAUUAAGAAAAAAAGACCUUCAAAGGUCAACAACAUCCAAUUACAGAGAUUCUAAGCACGGUAUGCAAGCUUCACAGAAAACAAGUGCAGCUUCAUCUGGAAAGAGCUCUGCUGAUGAAAUUGCAAGGCUACAAGAGCUCAUUGUUCACCUCCAGAAGGAACGCGAACACUCACAGAAAUCUGAAGGAAGUAGUUUUGAUACGGAGGAAGGUUUGAGAUGGAAACUCAACAGAUCUGAAAAGGAGAAGCUGGACAUCAUUACCAAGUACAAUGAAGAGAUUUCAAGAUAUGAAAGUCAGGUAGCCAAGUUAAGAGCUCAGCUUGAGAAAGGGGAGGCUAUACGGCAGAAUGUUGAGUACGAGAUUGCACUGGUGAGGAAGGAUGCUGGCCUGGAGAAAUGCUCUGCAGAGGAAAGGAUGGCACACUUGUAUCAAGUGAAAGAACAGUUGAAAGUGCAAAAUGAAGAAAUGCAGCAGAGAAUCGCUGAUUUGCAGAAUGCUUUGCAUAUCUCGCAGAAAGCGCGAGAGGAAGACCACCGUGUGUUUCAGAGUGAGCUGGAGGAGAGGGACAGAAUUAUUCAGACCUGCAACACUGACACUGAGCUCCUUUCUGCAGAGAGAGAUCGAUUGGAAGAAGUCCUUCAGGGCCAGGAAGAUACAUUAAUGAACCUACAUAAAAAACUGAUGGAGCUGGAAAUGGAGCGAAACAAAGAUGCAGAUGCUCUGAGACGUCAAGCAAGCGAGCUGGAGUACAGUGCCGAACGAGAGGAGAGAUUAAAGAAAGAAUUAGAGACAGCUAUGCAGAGGGUGAAGAAUCUGGAUGAAAAUGUUGAAUCAGAAAGAGCAGCCCACUUAGAAUCUAAAUUCAACUCUGAAAUCAUUCAGUUGAGGAUACGUGACCUUGAAGCUGCACUGCAGGUUGAAAAGUCAAGCCAUGCCGAAGCUGUGUCCAAUUUUGAAAUGAUUAAACAGCAGUUCAGAGAGGUGGAGAAGGCAUACAAGCAAGAGAAAGAAAACGCCCAACAAUCUAUAGAAAAACUACAAAGGUUUGAAAAUGACAGUUCGUCUUUAACAAAACAAAUAAGUCAAGAAAUAGAACAAUACAAGAAAGUAAUUGCAGACUUGUCUGAAAAACUGCAGGGCCAAGAGAAAAAAUCAGCCGAACUUGAGAUGGUUAGUAUUACAAGUCUUGUUUAUUUAUUUUUUGUGGGCAUGUGUGAGGCUGAUAGACUUACAGCUUUUCAAAAUAAACAUCAUUAAGUAUAUGUUUUAUAUGACCCUUUAGAGCAUAAGAAAUAUCCUUGAAUUUUAAACUGCAACAAUCAACAAUUUAACACUGAAGUAAAAUUCCUUGGUGUCUAUUGCAACAUUCUUUCAUAGAUAUUAACUUAACAGCAGUGGAUGUUAAUACAGACUUAAUCAUUCUUGAAAACCUGCUGAAUGUUCAUAAAAUGUCCUACCUGCAUGUCAGUAUGCCAAUCUUUGAAACAAACUACAUGCAAUAGCAGGAUGUUAAACAGAAAUUUAAAAAGGGGAUUUCCAUUUUUCUGUUGAUUACUGAAUACAUUUACAGAAAGAACUUUGAUAUAUUAUAACCUGUUAACGGUAAUAACCAAUUAAAAAACAAACAAACAAACAAAAAAAAAAAAAACAC